AUGUGAACCACAUCGGAGAGUUUUCUCAAGGCGCCUGGUUCAACUGUGACCUCGAAGCUCAAGACUACUUAUUCUGAAGCAAAAAACUGACAACAUCAGUUGCUGAUCGGAUAUCCGUUGGUUGAGCACAACUUAGUUCAUACAAAGUCGACUAUCUGAAGGUUAGAUUCAUUUAAAUAAUAUUGUUUAGAUCAAUUUCUAAUGAAUAAUCCAAUUGAACCGUGCGAAUCUGUUGCAAUUAAUGACACGUCCACUUUGCAAAACACUGUCAAAGAUUUAUGUCAUAGGCUUGAGAAAAACCCUUUCGAUUAUAAUGCACACGUACAACUCAUCGAGUGUCUUCGAAAAAUAGGCGAUUUCAAGAGACUCAAAACUUCGCGUGAACGUAUGCACGAAACCUAUCCACUUACCCCAGCACUGUGGCUUCAAUGGAUCGAGGAUGAGCUUAAUAAUGCUUCUACACUUGAAGAAAAGCGACGAGUGGAAAUUCUUUUUAAACGUGCGAUUGAUGAUUAUGAAGAUAUCAAUGUGUGGUUGGAAUACUGUCACUUCGCAAUCUCUACUUCGGAUUUUAGUUCUGUGGAUAGUAUAAAGCAAGCGGAAGUCAUUUUUGAAUCUGCUUUGUCACAUCAAGGACUUAAUGUUGUUGGGGGUUCGAUGCUAUGGGAGAUCUAUCGUGAAUAUCUCACUGUAGUGUGGUCUCAGCUACCACAAGAUCAUAAGGAAAUGAAACUAGAACAACUGAAUAAAAUGGACCGCCUAUUUCAGCGUCAACUCAGCAUUCCACAUUUGAAUAUGGAGGAGACAUUAACUGAAUAUAAGACUUUCCUGUCUGAUAUUGGUGUAGAACUAUAUCAACCAAGGGAAAAUUCAGAUUCCUUUGUACCACAAGAAAUGAAAACGGAAUAUGAGAAGGCUUUAGAGCGUUUAGCUGUUAUUUUACCAUUUGAGGAAUCCAUAGAAGAAUCUACUGACAAGUCAGAAGCGGAAUCUGUUUCCAGUUGGAAUACGUAUAUUGAUUGGGCGGUUCAUUGUGCAAAACGAAAAAAGCCUAAAACAUCUAAAAAUACUGAUAGUAAGAAUAAUGAGAACACUCCUAACAAUUUUGUUGUAUCACCUAAUGAGUUAUGCUGUCUUUUCGAGCGUGCUAUUACAGCACAUUGUUUAGAUACAUCUUUUUGGAUACGUUAUGCAGACUAUGUGGAAUCUCAGCUAGAAACGGAUGUUCUGCGUUUGCAAAAGUUAUUGUCUCGAUCAGUUCGUAAUUGUCCUUGGUGUGUCGAGUUAUGGCAGCGUUAUGCAUUAGUCACUGAAGCUGUGAUUCUUGAAAAUAUUUCAUUCAAAUCAAAUACCAAUGGGACACAACAGGAAUCUGUUUCCAAUGAGUCUGAUCUAUUUAAAGAGGUUGAUGGUAUAUAUGAAACAGCUCUAGCAGCUGGUUUCACUAAUCCAGAUGAUGUAUUGAAAAUUUGGCGUAGUUAUUGUGAUCAUCAUUUGCGUAGACUUCUUUUAUUAGAUAAGAGUUCUUUAUCUUGGGAAUAUCGACUGUCAUUACUUCGAGCAACAUUUGGUCGAGCUAUAGAAUAUUGUUUUGAAUUAUUGCACUCUCAAUCAAAUGUUGAUUGGUCACUUUUAAAUUAUUAUGCAUUUGUUGAAGCAAAGUAUGUGGAAGAUAAAGAGCGUGCUCGUUCUCUUUGGACAAGUUUAAUAAAGUUACCUGGACAUGGGAGUCGAGCUGAAUACUGGAUACCUUAUAUUCAAUUUGAACAGACUUGGGGUGAUAUGAAAAAUUUACUUCGAAUAUGUGCUAUGGCUAUUAAUUCAAUUAAUUUUGACCAAUCAGAAUUAGUAUUUCAAGUGGUUUUACGUGCAGUUGGUGAAACUGGGGUACCUGUUAAACAAUAUAGAGAUAUUAUUACAAAAAUACAUGCACGUCGAGCUUCUUUAAUGGAGUCUGUUAAAGAUGUUCAGUCGACAAAGUCAGAUACUGAGAUACCAGUUAAAUUAAUGGAAACCAAUUUAUCUGGUUCAAGAAAACGAAAACUACCUGAUCAUCAAAAUGAUGCUGCCACGUUAAAAUCAGCCAAAGUAUCAAAACCUAAUCCUACUUCUCAUGGGACAUUUGUUCCACACGAUCCAUCGAAAAAUGAGUUUACAGUAUUUGUAAGUAAUCUUGAUUAUUCAGUCAGUGAGGAACAAAUUCGGCAUACUUUUGAAAAGUGUGGAAAUGUGACAUCUAUUCGUCUCGUACGUGAUUACGCUGGUCGGUCGAAAGGAUUCGCCUAUGUUGAGUUCGAAAAUAAAGAGUCUGUGAAAAAUGCACUUACACUGGAUAGACAAGGAAUUACACGUCCGACCUCAGAAAGUGUGCCAUGUGACUGUGAUAGCCAAAAACAAAAAGAAGAGGAUAAUGCAACAAUUCCAAAACCACCUAAUUGUUAUGAUCGUCCAAUGUUUGUAUCGAUAUGUGAUCCAAGCAGACUUAAAUCAUGUGGAUUUAAAUAUACGGUUGGCAAAAAAGAACCUGAAAAGUUAUUUGUGCGAAAUUUAGAUAAAGCUGUAAAAAAUGAAGAUUUGGAAAAGUUAUUCAAGCAGUAUGGAAAUAUUGUGAGUAUUCGUCUAGCAACAUAUCGUAACGGUGUCCCAAAAGGUCAUGCCUACAUUGAAUUCACGAAUGCAGAUGAUGCCAGUAAAGCGUUAGUUGCCACAAAUGGCUUAGAAUUCAGAAAUAAAAUAUUGUCAGUAUCUAUUAGUGAACCACCUGUACGUGAUGGAAGUGGUUCGCAAGGCUGUAAAUCAAUUACAUCAGAAGAAAAAAAAGUGUUCAAAACCCCCCAAAUUAUUAAUUUGAGUGGUUCUCAUCCCGUCGGAACUAGUGUACGGAAAUCACGAACGCAGUUAGAAUUUUUGCCUCGUGCAGUUCAUCGAACACGUGAAAUUCAAGAUCAAGUGUCAGAAAGUAAGAUGGAUACUGGAACUAUCGACCCUCAAUCAUCCACCGUUACUGGUAGUAAGGAUAAUGAUUGCCACGGUGAAAGCUUCCGCGGUUUACAACUAAUUCUAUUUCGGUUGAUAUUUUUGCUGAACUACUCAAACUGUAGACAAUUUUUCUCGAAGUUCUUGAAAAUGUCCUCAAUUCCACGUGUGUCAAAUGAUUCAACGUCUUCACCCGAAGAUAACAUUUUCGUAGAUAAAGGAGAACUCUUGCGAGAAGAAUACGCUAACCUAAGCAAUGAGAUUGAAGCAAUUUCCGAAGAAAUAUUAGACAUACAAAGUGAAUUAAUACUUACUGAGCAUUCUAUCCAAGAACAAGAAGUUAAGAAUAAUGAAUAUAACUCCUAUUUGGAGAAGAAGCAGUCGAAACGUUUGAAAAAUACAAUAACGUUAGAAGAUUAUUAUUUGUUUACUGUGAAUGAAUUAGAGAGAGACAGAGAUGAAAUGUUGACUAUGUAUGCUAAAAAAAAGUCUGAAUUGCAGGAUGUUUUACUACAGGAAAAAAAACUCCUGAAACAUGUCAAAGAAGAAUUAGUAUCAACAGCAGAUAUUCAAUUAAUUCGUAAAAAACAAGAAGCAGAAAUUGAACGCUUAGAAAAAGAAAUAAGAGCUACCCGCAAUUACCAAUCAGAAAAACUUCAACAGUUUAAAGAGAUAUCUGAACAAAAACAUUUGGAGUUGGAAAAAGAAGCUAAGAUUAUCUUGGAUAACGUGACUGAAAAAAGUAAAAAGGUUUCAAACAAACUGAUCGUUGAACAUGUUAAUAAGAUAUGUAAAGAAAAUGAGGAAUUGUAUAAGGAUAUCCUAAAUAAAUCAGAAUUAAUAAAAGCUAUGGAAGCAGAAAAAUCGAACUUGGAGAAACAAAAUGAAGAGGUCAGACAUAAUCAGGUGUUUUCCAAGGACUUGGAGUAUGUUGAAUAUAAACGUUGCGAAGGCUUGUCACAACUGAAAAGUUUAUCACCACAGAAAUAA